AUGGCAGUAGCUGUGGCCUGGCUUGUGUUUCUCCAGCUUGCUUUCGGGACAGCUCUGGUUGUGGACAUCGAGAUGCAGAUUGCCAUCAAGGACUUCCACAUGUUACACGUCGAUUAUCCCAGGGUGCACUACCCAAAGGGCUUCCAGGGCUACUGUAAUGGUCUCAUGGCCUAUGUACGGGGCAGAAAGCAGAAGAGCUGGUAUUGCCCGCAAAUCCAUUAUAUGGUGCAUGCCCCCUGGAGAGAAGUCCAGAAGUUCUGCAAGUACAGUGAGAGUUUCUGUGAGAAUUACAACGAAUACUGUACAUUCACAGAGGACUCCUUCCCCAUCACGAUCUGUUCUCUGGCCCCUAAUCAGCCGCCCACCAGCUGCCACUACAACAGCACCCUAACCAACCAAAGGCUCUACCUGCUCUGUUCCGGAAAGCGUGAUGCGGAACCGAUAGAUAUCAUUGGUGUCUACUAGGAAAGGGAGGCUUUCGAUUUGAACCACCCCCUACUGCCACCAUACACCAGCCUGUUCCCAUUCCCAAACCUCUGAUUUCUGAUACAAGGCUUCCUCCCUGACUUCAAAGGCAGGCAGGGCCCCCUCCCAAGAG